AUGGCGACCGUUCAGUCCCUUUCAGAGCUCCGGAACCUAGCCAUCGACAUUCUCCGCCGACUGGCUUCGCCGCAGAACGCGAAGGGCAGGACCCCGAACUGGCAGACGCCUGCUUCCCUCCUGCUUUACUGGGACGACGCCGAGAUGCUCCUCACAAGACACUUCCCGGCCUUCUCGGAGCGCCAGAUCGAGGCCGUCUUGCGGGCCCUCACGCGCACGUGGCCGCUCCACAAGGGCACCAUCGUGGACAUCACGGCGGAGAUGUGCGCCUACCCGAUGCACUGUCCCAAGAAGAACGUCCCGUCCUUCUUCAACGCACUGCGGCCCGCGUUUCUCCCUGCAUCCUCCCUUGAGGGCAGCGCGGCGGGCGCGACGCCCCGGAGCCGCACCGCGCUCUCACGCGCUUCCCCCACAGGCCCCCGGCCGCUCCCGCGGACCGUCACGCUCGACUCAGGCCGCCAGGGGAGUGUUCCAGACUCCCCCUUGCGCGUGCUGCGGCACGCGUCCACGCUCGGCGCCCGCACGCUCGACCCGGUCGUCGAGCAGCGCCCCGGAGCGCGGUCGCGGAUCCAAGCCGCGCUGCAAGAGAGCGCCGAGCUCGCCACCAAAGCCAUGAACCGCGCUGCUGCUGCCGCGCGCACGCCGGGCGGCCGAGCCGCCGGGUCCGCCGUCUCGGACCUCGCUGGGGGCGCCGAGGCUCAGCAGGAGGAGGGCGGUGGGGACCGGACGCGCGGGUGGGGCUCCGGCGGCCGGCCAGGCCGCGGUUGGACGCACGUGUCGACGUUGGUGCAGGCGGCAACGAACGAGGGCGCGAAGGUGGUGGAACAGCCGUCGCUGCAGCUGGACGAGCGUGCGCAGAGAGUCGGGGUUCGGCGGCGGCUGCCGGUGACGGAGGUGCGGAACUGGAAGCUUUGGCGGGCGUGGCCGGGGCCGCGCAUCGUUGUGGGGUGGCGGCCGGUCGGAGGGGGCUGGCAGUUCGCGCUGAGGGACGCGACGCCGCCGGUGUCGCCGUCGGUCUCGAGCGAGAACGACUCGGCGAUUCUGACGCCGCACUCGGCCGGCGACUCGAUGCGAUUCAAAACGAAGGACGUAGUGGCAGAGGGCGCGCCGGACGAACUCAGAGAGAUUGUCGACUCCUGGGGCCCGUCGUCGGACAUGUACCUUGCUUACCUGCGGCAUCUCCAGGCCAUGCGGGUCGCGGAGGGCCUCGCACCGCUCCCGGACGUGCCAGGAGUGGCGGGGCAAGGCCAGGGCGACGGCGACCCGCAGAACGACGCCGAGUCCUACCUCGACCAGGCGAGGCUCGUGUCGGAGCAGGCUGCGCGCGAGGCGCUGGCCGGCGUCGACGGCGUACCGGGCCCCGGGGAAGAACCGGGGGCGGCGGCGAGGGCGGAAUAUGAGGCCGCGACGGGGCCGCGGGGCAGGCAACUGGACCCUGCGCGGGAGCACGCCGCGCACUAUCGUCGCGGGGAGGGCCCGCCGACGGCGGAGGAUCUGCGGCGGUGGUAUCACGGCGAUUUGGAGAACGGUCGCUUUGGGAACGGAGCGAAGGCGGACUGGCCGACGACGGUCGACGAGGUGAGCAUGCACGUCACGCAGAACCUGCAGUGGCCGCUGGGGGCGGACAUACACGGGCAGGGAACGUUCCGGACGGGCAUGGGGCGCAUGCGGACGUUCGCGUCUCCGCAGCACGGCGUGGACCACGUGCGCUUGACCGUGCCUGCGUCCUCCGCGCGGCGCGUGUAUGCCAUAGGUCCACCCGGCGGCGACGGCAGGACGGACAUGUCGCUGGCGUCCUGGAUAGACCCCGGCCUGCUACGAAUGAGCUCCUACCAUGCCGCGGCCCGGCAGGCGGCUGCGGCGCGGUAG